GUGCACUGUUUUUGUUGUAAUUGUUACUUGUUUUAAACUCAACACUAUAAAUGAUAUUUUUAAAGAAAUAUAUUUAAUAAUUGGUUACCUACGAUGGAGGUCCAAAUAGAGACCGCCGUUCGUGUUUGUCCCAUUGAUUACAACGGGGAAAUGGUUUGUGUUCAAACAAAUCCAUUAAAUCGUACAGUUCAACUGAACAAUCAAGUUUAUCCCGUUAAUUACGCAUUGCCAAUAAAUUGUUGUCAAAACACAGUAUUCUCAACGGCUGUAACGCCCAUGGUUAAUUUAUUACUGGAAGGUUGUGAUGUUUCAAUAGUGACUAUCGGACAAUCGGGUUCCGGCAAAAGUUACACGCUCUACGGCCCUGGUUUCCAUUUCGCAGCCAGCGAGAGCGAACACGGAAUAAUACCGAGAUUCGUCAGAGAAGUCUUCAAUAAAGUAGCGCAGUAUAGAGACAGAAGCUAUUCGAUCCAUAUAACCUGGUCGCAGAUUUGCGGUGAAACCGUUCAAGACUUAAUCGGAGGCAGCAGCGUAGAAUGUAUGGGAAUUUUAGACGCUUUCAGACAUAUCCAAAUGGGUUUGAGCAACAUGACUUCGAAAGGAGCCCAUUCUUUGUUCACUCUAACAUUAGAACAACAAUGGGUAAUCGAAUCUACUGUACAACAUAGAAUAUCUACAGCAAGUUUCGCUGAUUUAGCAGGUAGCGAAAAGGUUAUAAUGUAUGAUACUAAUGGCUUCAUGCAGACGUUACCAAUGGAUCCCGGACUUAGGGCUCUUCAACAAUGUAUACUUACAUUAGCAGAGCCUUAUAACAAUCAAUACAACUACGAACAAGUGCCAUUUAACCAGUCCGUAUUAACAACACUAUUACGGGAUUCGUUCGGAGGCCGAGCGAAAACUCUAGUUAUUUGCUGCGUAUCCCCGCUGAUGCAGGACUAUUCCGAAACGUUGUAUUCAUUGCAGUUGGCUUUAAGAUGCAGGCUGAUCAAGAACGUGGUCACCGUAAACUCGUACAUCACCUACAAAACAAUUCAAGACAGUCUAGACGUGUUUGGAUUGCAGUUCGCUGCCAAUCAACUGUUCAAACUAGUCUCGAACGCGGAAGAAUUGUUCCAAAAAUUAGUAUUAAACGGGGGAUUGAACCAGAACGAAGUAGAACAAAUAUCCCAAUGGUUGACGUUGAAGCAAGAAUGCGAGGAGUGCUUGAGCGAAAACUCGGAGCCUCACAGGUCCCUGGAGAGGAUAGAAGAGGAAAUCGAAGAUAGCUCGGAGAGCGUAGUAAGCGAUAGCGAAAGCGUUUUAGAGGAAGAAGAAUCUCAAACAUUGAUAGAAAAAUUAGAUGGACUCAUGGAGAAUUUCAAAUCGGUCACAGAUAAUGUUAUUUUAGCAACGAAUAUAACGAAUAAUGUCAGUUCUGACGAUGCUAAAGAUACUCCUAAUAGUUCUAGUCAUACUUAUCGUUCGAAAGGUGCAAGAUGUCGCAGAGGCAGCCUACAUUCCAUUACAGAACUUCACACGCUCUCUCUAAACUCGCUGAAAGUUCCCGAAGGCGAAGAGGGCUUGAUAGAAGCCGAUCAGAACGAUUGCAUUCUCACCUACGAAGCCAAGAAAAAAGUUCUUAAACAAAUCAAAUCGACGAUCCAAGGAUGCCAAAAACAAAUCGGCGAUUUGGAACAGACGAUCAGAAUCAAACAGAACCUAAUGCAACAGUUGUUGCAACACAAAGACACCCAAUCGAACGCGCUGGUUAAAAUCGAACAAAACUACAACAGGUUGAAAAAGGAGUACGAAACCACCGAAUCGAAAAUGCUGCUAGCCCAAAGCCAAAAAAACCAUUACUUGGAGGAACAAUACAAAGACGAGUUGGAACAAUUGGAAAUCAAAUUGAACAACUCCAAAUCGUUGAAGGACCACAUUUUGGAAGACAGCAACAAACUCACCGACUUGAAAACCAGCUUGGAGGCGUCGAAGAAGCAACUCGAGAAGCUCAAGAAAUACAAGAAGAAAGAGGAAAAACGCAAGCGAACGUACGAAUCCCAAAUCAAAGACGAAACCAACAGAACCAAAGACAGCUCGAGUAGCGAAAAGAACAAAAGCCCCGACAAUCUGCAAAACAACAUGCAACUGGUCAUUUGCUCCAACAAAAUAACACCCAACGACACGCCAGUACCCAUCGACUGCGAAGAACUCGAGUGCCUCCGGCACGAAAUACGGAACUUGCGCAAAACCAGGGACUUCCUGCUCGAGCUGAAACUGAAAAUGGACAUCAAAUCGCAGCACAAGAAGAUCAUGAACGAAUUCGAGGAGCGCAAGCUCUUCCAGUACGAAGAGGCCAUCGAAGCCAUCGACCUGGCCAUCGAGUACAAAAACGAAAUUAUGUGCGGACACAUUCCGGUCGGCACGAGGGCCCUCGAGCGAGUCGAAGAACAAGAAGACACAUUGCUGAUGGAUCGCUUGAUGAAGCUGAGCGAAAACGAGAUGAGGAUCCUUCUGCAUAAAUAUUUUCAAAAGGUGGUGGAUCUGAGAAGCAGCAGCAAGAAGCUGGAAUUGCAAGUGAUAGAGUUCGAAAAUCAAAACGAAAGUCUCUCCGGUCGCCUUCAGAACCUCAGCCACACUCUCCAGCAAGUCAGAUUGGACGGGGAAAGAAGAAUGGUGCAGAUGCAGCAACAGCACGAAGAUAAAAUCCAUUUGGUCCUUAGGCAUCUGGCCAACGAAAAUUCCGAAGGAGCCGAUCAAGUCAUACCCCGGGUCAUAGGUAAUAAACUGAUACCGAGACCGGUAGGCGGUACUAGCAAGCAAGUGGGCAAAAGCAGCAGUUUGAUAACGAGAAUUACCAGCAUAGCGAGGCACGAGAUCGUAUCGAGGCAAUUGCAAUCGGUGAUUCCGGCGCCCCAGGCGAAGAUAACGCGAACGAAGAACAAAUUGAUAAUACAACAGACGAGCAAUAAGUGAUGAGCGCAGGACGAACAGGAUCGAGUUACCAAGCCCCAGGGUCCCUGAGCGAUAUCACUAUAUGACUCUAGCGUAGUCGAAAAGCGGCGUUUUUAUGAUAUUUUUUGAGUUUUAUAGCAAACUCGUAGUAUUAGAGAGCUUUAUUAUUAUGUAAUUUGUAGAAAAAUGAAAUAAAAACUUGAGUUAU